CCACUGGCAUCGGCACCGGGAGCGGGCGCGAGGCGGGGAGUCCGCCCGAAGCCGGGGGCGCAACUGCUCAGAUCCCGAGCCCGGCCUCCAGCUUUGACUACACCUCGUACAACCCGUCCGAAUGGAGCAUCCGUUCGGAAUGGCGGACCGUCUCCAAUCCUUCAGGUAGUUCCCAGUGGAGCAUGUCCUCAACGGCCGAGGCCGCCUCCUGGAGCACCAGCAUACCCUCUCAAAUCAACACCACAAGUAACCUUAAUACUGACUCCGACUCCAAGAGUAGCUUGGCAGGUUUCAGCGCUUACAUCUUGGGCAGGCAGAUCCCGGAGUCUACCAUCCGUUCCAACUCCUCCGAUGGGGCCGCCACAACCUCCAGCCACAACGAUGGUGUUCCCCGGGUAUCAGUAACAAGACCUACCCCGUCCGUAGACUGGUCGUUAGAGUCACUACAAGGCUCGGGCUUUUCAUCUAUGUUCAGCACCCCUCGGGAUUCGGUGGAAGGGCCGGCCCUGCCCACGGGUUACGCCCUGGCCUCAAUGCCCGGCUACCCCUGGAUAUUUGUACAGGGACCUCCCAUACCCAGCGACCUUUCGCAACUGUCAGUUCAAGCACCUUCUACACCCAGUAACACCACCCAAGUGUCAGUACAGGGAUCUGCUACAUCCACAGCGCCCAGCUUCCCCUGGGUUUUGGUACCAGGACCGCCUCUACCCAAUAACAUUUCCCGAGUAACGCCACGAGCACCUCCUGCAUCCCUUAACAACUCCCGAGUAUCAAGCCUGGUGUCUCCACCACCGUCGGUGCCCGACACUCCGCGGGGCUCAAUACAAGAUCCUCCUGCCUCCAACAAUCCUUUCCAACUGCGGACCCAAGGACCUUUUAAACCUAGUAACUCUCGCCGAACAUCAGUACAAGGGUCCGCCCCGCUCACAGUGCCCAGCUCCCGCCGGGCAUCAGCAGAAAGAUCAGCUCCGCCCCUGGGCGCUCCCGGAGUAUCAGCAAAAGGGUUCGCCCCGCCCUCAGUGCCCGGCUACCUCCGGAUAUCAAAAGAAGGAUCGGCUCCGCCCCCGGACUCCCCAGGGGAAUUGGUAGAAGGGUCCUUUCCACCCUUUACGGUCCCCACUCCUGUGCCUACGACCCAGGACGGUAUCAACGGAAGCAUGACUAGCCAAGAGAAGGCGAGUGUAGCGGGCCACAUGUUCGACGUGGUCGUGAUCGGAGGUGGCAUUUCAGGCCUUUGUGCCGCCAAACUCUUAAAUGAAUAUGGAGUUAACGUUUUGGUUUUAGAAGCUCGGGACAGAGUCGGCGGAAGAACACAUACUGUGAGGAACGAACAAGUUGACUACGUAGAUGUUGGGGGAGCUUACGUGGGGCCAACUCAGAACAGAAUAUUACGCUUGUCUAAGGAGCUGGGCAUCGAGACUUAUAAAGUGAAUGUCUGUGAGCGUCUCGUUCAAUAUGUCAAGGGGAAAACAUAUCCAUUUCGGGGGGCCUUUCCACCGGUAUGGAACCCUAUUGCAUAUUUGGAUUAUAACAACUUAUGGCGAACGAUGGAUAACAUGGGAAAGGAGAUUCCAGCUGAAGCUCCCUGGGAGGCCCCACAUGCUAAUGAAUGGGACAAAAUGACUAUGAAAGAGCUCAUUGAUAAAAUCUGCUGGACAGCGACUGCUAGGCGUUUUGCUUCUCUUUUUGUGAAUAUCAAUGUGACUUCUGAGCCCCACGAAGUGUCAGUUCUAUGGUUUCUAUGGUAUGUGAAGCAGUGCGGUGGCACCACUCGGAUAUUCUCUGUCACCAAUGGCGGCCAGGAACGGAAGUUUGUAGGUGGAUCUGGUCAAGUGAGCGAACGGAUAAUGGACCGCCUCGGGCACCGAGUGAAGCUGAACUGUCCUGUCACUCAUGUUGACCAGUCAAGUGACAAUGUCAUCAUAGAGACAUUGAACCAUGAACAUUAUGAGUGCAAAUACGUAAUUAGUGCGAUUCCCCCGACUUUGACGGCCAAAAUUCACUUCAGACCAGAGCUUCCACCGGAGAGGAACCAGUUAAUUCAGCGUCUUCCAAUGGGAGCUGUCAUUAAGUGUAUGAUGUAUUACAGGGAGGCUUUCUGGAAGAAGAAGGAUUAUUGUGGUUGUAUGAUCAUUGAGGAUGAACAGGCUCCAAUUUCAAUAACCUUGGAUGACACCAAGCCAGACGGCUCACUGCCUGCCAUCAUGGGCUUCAUUCUUGCCCGGAAAGCCGAUCGACUUGCUAAGCUUCAUAAGGAAGUAAGGAAGAAGAAAAUCUGUGAGCUCUAUGCGAAAGUGCUAGGAUCCCAAGAAGCUUUAGAUCCAGUACAUUAUGAAGAGAAGAACUGGUGUGAGGAGCAGUACUCUGGGGGCUGCUACACGGCCUAUUUUCCGCCUGGGAUCAUGACUCAGUAUGGAAGGGUGAUUCGUCAACCCGUGGAUAAGAUUUUUUUUGCUGGCACGGAGACUGCCACACAGUGGAGUGGCUACAUGGAAGGGGCAGUUGAGGCUGGAGAACGAGCAGCCAGGGAGGUUUUAAAUGCACUUGGGAAGGUUGACAAGAAGGACAUCUGGGUACAAGAACCUGAAUCAAAGGAUGUUCCAGCGGUAGAAAUCACCCACACAUUCUGGGAGAGAAACCUGCCAUCUGUUCCUGGCCUCAUGAAAAUCGUUGGAUUUACCGCAUCAGUAACGACCUUAGGGUUUAUUAUGUACAAAUACAAGCUACUGCCACGGUUUUGAAAUUUCAUGCAUAUGCCUGCUCACCUGUUUUCAAUACCACCCAAUGGUGGUAUUGAAAAUAUUGGCAAAUUUAAAGGCUGUGUCAUUGGGCCGUUUUUAAGUGCACUCUAUUUAACUACCUUUGGCUUAGUUCCAAUCAUUGUUAAAGUAAAAACAACUCAAAUCACCUAAUUAAUUUCAGCAAGAUCAAGCUCCAUCUUAUUUCUCUGUGUAAACCAACUCAUGUUAAUUGAUAGAAUAAGCCUUGUGAUCACUUAAAUUCAAAAAGUUAAAGGUGAUUUGCUCAUCAGAAACAA